AUGCAGUCAUCCAAUCGACUGAGGAUGUGCUUCGACAAAGGCCAGUCAUCAUUUGGUGGCUGGCAAAUGUUGCCAGGAGCAAAUAUCUCAAGAAUGCUAGCAAGAACAGGCGUUGAUUGGGUGCUCGUCGAUUGUGAGCAUGGAAACAUCGAUGAUGGCGCUAUGCAUGACGCAGUUCCCGCCAUUGCCGCUCUGGGAGUUUCUCCAGUUGUGAGGUUGGCGGACUUGCAAGGAUGGAUGGUCAAGCGAGCACUAGACAGCGGUGCGCACGCUAUCCUGGUGCCACUGAUACGAACCGUCGAGGAAGCAAAGCAACUUGUCCGCGAGGCCAAGUUUCCGCCUCAAGGAAUAAGGGGAUUUGGAUCUCUCAUUGCCCUGGAGAGAUUCAACCCAAACCCUACACUAACCGAAUACCUUCAUCAAGCUAACGAUGCCCUCUUGACAAUAAUCCAGAUCGAAACUCGGGAAGCAUACGACAAUGUUGAGGGCAUUGCGGGUGUCGAUGGAAUUGAUGCGUUGUUCAUCGGGCCCUUUGAUUUAGGAAACAAUAUCGGCCACCCAGUUCAGGACGGGGUCAUGCCACCAGAGGUGGAGGACGCGUUAGAUCGGAUCCUGACGGCGGCGCAUAACGCCGGCAAGAAGUGCGGUAUCUACUGCAAGGAUGGAGCACAAGCAAAACACUUCGCAAGCCAGGGCUAUGAUAUGGUCACUGCCGUGACUGAUUACACGGCGCUCCAACGGGUAGCGAAUGAAGAGGUUGGGAUUGCCAAGGGAGCUGCGAAGCCAAAGGGAGUCUUUUAG